AUGAGCGCAGAUAGCAUCCUUCUCCAACAAAUCAGCAAUGCCUGUCGAGAUGGCCGUAUUUGUGCGGCAGUGGCUUCUGAGAUCAAAACAUACUUUUCUACACCAUUUAAACAAAGCCAUGUGAAUCCAACGUCUGGUAUUGCCGUUGCGGGAUUUGGAACUACUACUACUACUACUAAUACUAAUACUAAUACUACUAUUGGUGGAAAUCCUUUGCCCACGACUGGACCUUCUCUUGCAGGAACAACAAUGGGAUUUGGUGGAUUCUCUUCAUCCUCCUUUACUCAACAACAACAACAGCAACAGCAGCAGCAGCAGCCACUUUCCAUGUUGAGUGCUGUAGGAGAGAGUUCAGUUACUCAAGUUGGGGCACUGGAUACACCAAACGAACAUGUAUCGAAGGCUAAAUUAAUGCUUUCACUUCUCACACUUUGCGGAGAACCUGAACGGUUAAAUGGUGUGAAUGAUGCGAUUGGGGCUGUUGCCUCUACUGCUGCGGCUGGUAUUGUGCAGUUUAUUAAAACAGAGAUGUCCUCCAGUGCACAAUCGUUAUUAGGCCAUACACAGGCUGCUGCCUUAUUUACUGCACAUGGAAAAUCUAAUCCUAUUCUUCUUGCCGCACAGUGUCUUCUUCUACUCACCCGUUACUUUCAAAUGCAGCGAUCGUUGAUACAAGAUUUAUGUGGAUUGGUGGAACUUCUUUUAGAGGAAGUUCGUCGACACACACACAGUGGUGUUGUGAACUCACAUUCAUUUCGUCAACAUCCCUCCACCGCUGGUAUCUGUGCUGUUACUUGGCUAGUGACAGUCUCUAUUACCAAUACAUUGGCCGUAUGGCGAAAACUUCGUGAUGUCUCUGGUGAAGUAAAGGCAAAUGUGUUACUUCACUCUAAUGUGGCUACUGAAGUGGAGGAAUGGCUUUUGAAGUUGCGAUCGAAGUUUGAACGUCUGCAGACAACGGGUUCAUUUGCCUUCUCUGGUACUGGACAUCGUGUAGGGGAAUAUCAACCACCACCACUACCACCAACAUCAUCAUCAUCAUCAUCAUCACAACCGUAUGAUCCGGGAUUUCAUACAUAUAAUGGACAACAUAGUCGCUCAUUGUCUAUUGUAGAAGGUUAUAUAAGUAUGAUUGUAUUAUCUGUGGGUAUAUUUUUAUCUGGAAAAGAUUGUGAACGUGGUAUGGAAAAGGUAGUGGAAGCCUUUAUUGGUGAUCGUUGUCAAUCACCUAAUACAUUAUACCGUGGAAAGGCAAUGAAGUAUUUUGUGCAAUUAGCCCCAGCACAGGCUACAUUGGUUAUUCCCGUAGAAUCUAUUUACAUUAUUCCAUAUGAAAUGGCAGCUUAUAUGUUUGAUGAGAUGCUUCCUGCUAUUAAACAUGUAGCUGAUAUUGAUGUUCGCUCAUGUGUACGAUAUUUAGAGGCCUUACAAGCAAGUACAGAUGUUUUACAAAAUGAUAGGAAUGGUGUUACGGGAACGACUACAUCUCUCUCAACAGGAGGAGGAGGAGGAGGAGGAGGAGAUCUUCAACAACAUGGAGUUGGAAUGGUUGCAUAUGAAUUAGAACAACCCUUUAUAUCAGAGACGGCACAUAUUUUACAAGCUCUUGCGAUAUGUCUUGAAAAUCUUCCUUCUUCUGUACUUAAUCCUGAUAUAGAAUCGGAUUGUGCGGUAACGUUUUUUAUAUUUAAAAAUUGUGUAACCCACAUGCGAUCUGUAUUUCAAACCCAACGACCAAAUACAUUAUGGGAACCAUAUACGUUAAAACUGGUCACGCAUUUUUUAAAUGUAUUAGCCAUGAUUGGAAGAAAUCCACAAUAUACAGAACGAGUGGUGGUGUUAUUUAGUGAAAUGCAGGUGGAUUGUACGGAAUUGCAGUGGUCUUCUCUUAUUGGACAAGCACAGGAGUGUGCGGGAGUGAAUGGAAGUGCAUCUUCCCUGUUAACAUUGGAUGUUGGGGGCACAGGCGUCGGUGGUUCACUCGCGGCAUUGCGAAAACAACAGGGAACUUCAACAACAACAACUGCAACCUCUACAGCUGCGGCUGCUGCUCAUAUGAAUACUAUUCAUACUAACACUACAACGACGUCAACAGGAUCAAGACAUCGUCAAUUUACAACGGAGUAUUUACUAGAAAAACAACAAGCAUAUGUUUCUAGUGUAUUUAUAUUAUUACGUCAAAUGACAACACAUCCACUUAUUCGAGAACAGAUUCGACAAUAUAUUACACUUGGUACAGCUUUAGAGUUUCUCUAUGCACCUCGACUGUCGCAGCCUGUAUUGGGAAAAACACUUUCAUUAAUUGCUUCCCUUAUUACAAGUAAAGAAGAGGCAUCACAAGUAUGGACUUUUCUUGAAGAAAAUCAUCUUCUUCGUCCAGCUGCAGAUGGUACGGUUACAAGAACAUCCUCAACCGCUAAGAAAACCAAUACGUUAGGGAGACAAAGUAAUCAAUUGCAUGAUAAUAAAGAAGGUAAUGAUGAUCUUACUGUGGUGACGGUAGAAGCCCGUUCAUUACUUGGACAUUGUCAAUAUGAAUGUCAUCAAGCUACCUAUAGUAUUACGAUAGGCUUUUUAGAUUUAAUGAUUGCCAUGUUUAAAUAUCAUGUACCUUCAGUUUCACAAAUUCCAACCUAUACGUUAGUUAUUCGAUUUAUUGCGGAGGAAAUAUUUCGUGGUGUAUUGAGACGUUUCUUUUCUUCUAUUAAUGAACGAUAUACAGUGGCAGCAUUAGCGGCAGCCGCUUUAAAUCGUGCUCUUUCUUUACGUUUACCCUUUACCACUACUAAUAAUAGUAUGAUUCCAUUUACAGUGGUAAUGGCAUGUUCAAAAGCUCCAGCAGAUGUAUUAGGAGAAGCAUUAGAAAUUAUUUAUGAAUCUUCUUCAGCACCAAAUGAACUUCUCAGUUAUCAACGAGCGGCGGUACGUCAAUGUUUAGCUCUCUUAGAAACGGCUAUUACGGUUAAGAAUAAACAAGGAUUAGAUAGUUUAUUUACCUUUGAUGCGAGAACGGCUAGUAAUACAGAACUAGCUUCUCAAUUACUUCCUUUAAGUGCUUCUCCAGAUUGUUUAUUAGCCAGAAAAGCUUUACAAUUAUUAUUAUUACUUCCUCAUUCCACACUCAGUGAAGCUGCACGACAUUGGUUUAGUAGACCAGAUGCAUUAGAGAUGGUCAUUACACCAUUUGUAGCUUCUCUCUCCGUAGAUGCUGUAAGUAAUCCUAUUAUUCACGUUCCACCAGCUCUUGCGGUAUUAGAUCAUGAUGAAGUUCAAUUUAUGUUACCACAUGCUGAAGUAGAAACGAAAUCUCUUAUUUUAGAUCUUCUUAUUCAACAUGCAAGAGAUCCACAAACUUCUAUUACUUCUUGGCUUUGUGGUUAUCCAUUAUAUGGAUCUACAUCUGCAGAAUUAUUAAUGGGUUAUUGUUUAGAACCUGUUAUUAUGGGUGCGAAUAGCCGAGAAGUAGAGGAAACUCAUCCACAUAUUGCUGUAAAGUAUGUGAAACUUUUAUAUCUUCUCUGUGCGAAUCCUUCUCUCAGUACACCGAGUCUUCAUCGAUUAAUGAAGAGAUGUGGAAAUGAUGAAAUGUUUUAUGUAUUACAAUCACUUCGACCCAAUCAUUGUUCUCCACUUAUAAUGAGUAAAUAUGCAUUUGUGAUGAAACUCUUAGCGCUUGAUAUUUUUAAUAUUGGAACCAAAACACCAGAAGAAUUAAAUGCCUCAUCUCUCUUGACAUCUAAUUCUGGUUUGGUGGAACUUUUAUUUUUACUCUUACGAGCCUCAUCACAUACUUCUCUCGGUAAUAAUAAUAAUAAUAAUAAUGAAUUAACCGUUAAUGAAGGUUAUGAUGAUUCCAGUAUGGCUGAAGACUUUGCCCAAUGGCCAUUACUUUGUUUAAAGUCUCUUCCCGCAUUUCCAACGAAUUGUAUGGCUCCUGGUGGGGCAGAACGAUAUAUUUUCCGUGCUUCUGAUGAUAUUCCACAGUAUUCAAUUCCUUUAAUAUUUGAAGCUUUACAAAAAGAGAGUUUAAUAGAUAAACAAAAAAGUUUAUCUGCGCAAGAAUUAAAAGAACGAUUAGGUGUAUUUGUAAAAGCAAAUGAGUGUCUCGCAGUGUAUGCAGGUGGAGUUCAAUUUAUAGAUGGUUGGUGUAGUUUAGCGAAUAUUGCUGUUACGAUGUUGGAGAGUAUAUCAAGUGAACGUUUGGUUUACUUGGCUCAAUGCAUAUUAGAAGCUAUGCAAAUGACAUCUUCUCUUACAAUAGCCGCUCAGGAACAAAUUGUCUUUAGACUUAGUGAAACCCUUGCUACUGUGAUGACACAAUUGAAAAGAAGAAAUAUUUUUAAUAAUGGUAAUAAUAAUAAUAAUAAUAAUAAUAAUAAUAAUAAUAAUAAUAAUAAUAAUAAUCGUCAUGAAGUCAGUAAUAUGAAAUUAAAUGGUGGAAAUGAUACAGAGAUGAUGAUGAUGAAUACAUCGCGUGGACUUUCAAAAACGACAACACUUGUACCAGUGAAUAAAACAAAUCUUUCUAUAUCUAGUGGAAGAACAAGUCGUGGAAUGAAGAGAAAUUUAGGAGGAACACUUAUAGUAAGUGGAGAAGAAGUAUCUGGAAUGAUUGGUAGAUCAUUAGCCAAUACAGAAAGUUUACAAUUAUUAAAAUCAUUAUUAAUUACAACAGUUCAAUGGGGACCUCGUGUACCUUUAGCACGACAACAUUUCUAUAAUGCUAUUAUGUUAUUUCUUGAUAUUCCUGGUAUUUCUGUGGAUGAUAUUGCACUUCAACGAUAUUAUAAUGCUCUCUUUACAGUUAUUGUUCAAGAUAUAUCCGCAACGGCGUCUGUUAGUUGGAAUGGAAAUAAACCCGUUGCCUUAUCUCUUCUUAGUCAAUUAUUACAUUUAUCUCCACAGUUGUGUGAAAUGUUGUGUGUUCCCUCCUCUGGUGAUGGGGCAAGUCCACAGUUAAUGACAUGUAUGAUGAGUGCUUUUCAAACUAUAGAUGAAUCCAUUUCCGCCUUUUUUGCCCAUGGAGGUAGUGAAGUGAGUUCUAUUUUAUGGAUUGUACAAAUUGUAUUUGAUUUACUUAUGCUUAUAUCUCAACAACAUGCCAUUCAAUUAUUACAUAUUAAUGCCUUAUCCCAUUGUAUGACUAUGAAAGUCUGGAAAACAAGUGCACGGGUUAUGUUAGGACAUAUUAAUAAUACAUCUGAUACUUUUAUAAAUGGAUCAGAAGAUAUUGAAGUUUAUAAAGAAGUGAUAAAAAGUGUUCUUCUUUCUACUAUAAGAUGGUUUAAUGUUUUAUUAUCUACAUUAAAUAAUUCAGAAACUGUGAUAAUGUCUAUUGCGGAAUUUCUUCGUGCAAAUCAAUAUUUAUUUCAAACCGUUUUAAGUUCACCAUUUGUUGGUUCUCAUCAACGACAUGUGAAUUCAUUAACACUUGAUCUUAUGAGUGAAAUUGGUGGAUUAUUAUACCGUUUAGCCUGUUCAUCCCUUGCAGAUGAAUGCCGAACAUUAGUGCAAGUAUUUGCAUUACCGGAUUUACUUGUACUUUUAACAAAGAUUGAAUUUAUGGAUAGUUGUAUCUUUAUUCCCGAUAUCACAGAAACUACUAUUACUACUACGAAUACUGGAGCCACUACUACUACUACUACUACUACUACUACUACUACUACUACUACUACAGCGACAACAACAACAACAGCAGCAGCAGCAGCAGCAGCAGCAGGAACAACAACAACAACGCCAAUUGUUGUUAAUCAAACAGGAGGUUCUCUCCCUUCAAAUCGUCAACGUCAAUUGUUAUCGACGGCUACUCAAAAUAUAUUAAUGUUUAUUCUUCGUGCUGAAAAUCUAGUUUCUCUCUUCUCUGCAUGGGGUGAAAAUCCAGCAGCAGCUGCAGCAGCAGCAACCACUACUAAUACAAAUACAGGAAAUGAGGAACCACCGCAUUUAUUGGAUGAUCCACGAAAUAAAGUUCUCAUUUUAACCGUUACUGGACAAGUAGUGUCUAUUAUGGAGAAUUUAUAUAAUUCACAGAUAUUACAGAGUUCUCAUUUUUCACCGUAUUUAAUUGGACUUCAUUGUCUUGUUCUCUUACUACAUGCAUUUCUCCUCACAGAUCGAACCUCACAGAUGAAAAAUACAUCUAGUCAAUGGAGUUCUAUUGUACAUACUUUAGAAGAAGCUCAACGGGUUGUAAAUUUAUGGAAAGCCUUUCAUUCAGAUUAUGCAAAAGGUAUACGUGUUAACCGAACAGGAACUCGUUGGAGUGUUAUGGCACCAUCUGUUAGUAAUCAAUCUAUUUAUCCAGCGAUAAAAUCCUCCUCACUGGAUGCUGGACGAAGUACAAUGAUUUAUAAUAAAACACUUCCUUCUACAGAUGGCACACUCCGACCAUUAGAAAUCUCUACACAAGGGGGAAUGGGAAUAGGAAUAGGAAGUGAAAUAGAUCAGAGUUACACCAAUGUACUUUCCACUGUUAGUCUUGCCGCUGCGGGAAGUGUGAUGGAGCCCCCAACUGCCAUGAUGGAUGCCACUGCAAUGAAUCUUUACACCACACGAUUUCCAGAUCCUUCUCUUGCAAGUAAUGAUAUCUCCAUUGGGGCAUUAGUGGAGGUUGGCCGUCGACAUGAUGGGAUGGAGGGUGAAGAGAAUUUGCCUGUUCAUCCUCUCUGGGAUGAGGUGUUGUUGAUGGAAUCUCUACUACGACAGGUGAAGGUGGCGAUCUCAAACGCUCUAAGAUCAGCCGCGCGUACAUAA